AUGGGCAGAUUUCCUGAAAUCCGGCGAGAAACUAUUCUUUGGAGAAAUGGGCCACCUGAAAAACCAGUGCUCUGCAAUGCAUGUGGAUCAAGAUGGCGGGUUAGGAGGACACUAGAUGGCUAUAUUCCCAGACAUGCAAACAGAGAAAUACAGAGCUAUCAGUUACAUUCUGAGAUGAAGCCGGCUUGUGAUGACCAAAAGCUAGAAGUUGGAGUAGACGUUUCUGGACAGGAUGGCUCUUCAGCUUGUCUUGAAGAGGAAAUGAAUAACAUAUCAAGCUUAGGUUCAGCAGGGUCAUCUUCAGGCAACUGCAUGCAGAUGGAAGAAAUAAGUGGAGAAGCAGACAAAGAUCCUCUCUGGAAUCCUGACAGUGUCCCUAGAAGAAAGAGAUCAAAGCUUAGACAACACAUUUUGUCCCCUGUUGAAAGACUCCAGAGGCAACUUUAUAACAAUCUACAGGAACCAGACUUUGAAAAUAUCUCUGCCGAUGAUGAAAAUAUUCUAAUUUAUGCAAGGAACAAAUACAUUCCUCCUAAUGAGAUUGGUCUUGGAGCUAAGCUGCUCGUAUCACCAACUACUACUGCAGAACACUCAUCUCUAUCUCCAAUGGCAGAAGAUAACGCCUCUUGCUCCGCGAAUGUUCCUGUAGAAAAAUUCCAAUCUCUGGACGUUGAUUUAUCUGAUCAAACAACAGCGGCCUCUUCUGUUCUUCACUUCUUCAUCCCAACUUCAGCAAGUUCAUUCUCAAAGAAAGCUCUGAAGUUACUUGGAUGGGGCAUACGUCCUUCAAGAUCAUGUUCACGGCCACUUAAGCAGCUCAAGAGCACCUGUUCUUUGGAAAAUCUAGUUGGGGUUAAUUAUUUACUUUAA